UCUAACGCGGUGAUUCGCCAUCGUACGUCGCCAUGGGGGGGUCAUCCAUGUCUCGAUCCUUCGCUGUUUUCACCAACGCGGGAGGCUAAUAGGCGAGACGAACCUCAUACAAUUUAUGUCGCAUUUGCUGGGCUUUCGGUCCUGGAAAGAGGAGCCAUGAGCAUCGACGACAUGUUGCCUUGAUGAUUGAUGAUGGCUGGCCAAAGCUUGUCAACAUGGAUUCUGCUUCGUGAACUGGCUGCUUGAUGAAUCAACAUGUCCCGAUCAGGUCGUCUGCUGCUAGUUCCAGUAGUAAUAUCUGUACCGGUACAUUCGUGCUUGUACCUAUUGUUGGUCGUGAGGCCAACCGUCCGUAGCACUCGGUUAUGGGCUCGUGCAAAAAAAGACCGCAACUCCAAGUCUCUGUACACGGAUACAACGGGAAUACGCAGUCUAGACAGUCAAAUCUCGGCCGGGAACCCUAGAUUUGACCAAUGGUGGCUUGUGGCCGUUUCUCCGGCACCAGAAACCACUAUGCCUGUUCCUGGAUUCUGCAGCGUUGGUGAUUUUGCCCACAUGUGUGUGCUCAUCUGCCCACCCUCUGACCGAGUGGAAGGGCCAUGUAUGGACAAAUUAGGCUUCACGGAUCCGUUCUUCCGUCAUAGCUUACUCUGGAGAGAUUGGCCAAGACCAAACGCGCAUAUGAGCCCAGUCCCGCGGCGCAAUCAGAUGGGCUUAGUGAGGUGAGGCCCCAGGGGAGGCCGAGAAAGGAAAUGGCCGAGUCCACGAUGGAUGCACUUUGGGGGUAGGCUGGACUGUUAGUUUACAGUAGGCUCCGAGCAAGCGUGGGCAACUAAAAUGCGAAUGGGUGGCUUGCCACCGUUGCUGACUCUCUUCUUCUUUUCUUCUUCUUUUCUGUUC